AUGUCUAUAUCAACUACUGCUGCUUCCUUACCACCUACAGAGACUCAUCAACAAAUUAAAUGUCAGUAUAAAAUCGGAAAUAUUCUUGGAAAGGGGACUUAUUCUGUUGUACGAGAAGCAGUUCAUGUAGCAUCUGGGCAAUGUUACGCUGCAAAGAUUAUUAGUAAACGUCUUAUGAAAGGACGUGAACACAUGGUACGGAAUGAGGUUAUUGUUCUUAAACGUAUUUCUCAAGGUCAUAAAAACAUUCUUACUCUAGUAGAUUACUUUGAGACCUCAAAUAAUCUUUACCUCAUCACAGAUGUUGCUCGAGGCGAUGAGCUUUUUGAUAGAAUAUACAAUAAAGGUUCUUUUUAUGAAUCUGAUGCAGUGAAAAUUAUAAGAUCUAUUGUUUCUGGCGUCGCUUACCUUCACUCCCAUGGUAUUGUCCAUCGCGAUUUAAAGCCAGAAAACCUUUUGUUUCGAACCAUGGAUGAAGAUUCAGAUUUACUGAUUGCUGAUUUUGGACUAAGUAGGAUAAUCGAUGAGGAACAAUUUCGAAUGCUUACAACGACUUGUGGAACACCUGCAUACAUGGCGCCCGAAAUUUUUAAAAAAUCUGGACAUGGAAAACAGGUCGAUGUUUGGGCUAUAGGUGUUAUUACUUAUUUUCUACUAUGUGGCUAUACGCCAUUUGAUAGAGACACAAGUGCCGAAGAAAUGCAGGCGAUCCUUUCAUGUGAUUAUUCAUUUGAGCCGGAAGAGUACUGGACAGAAGUUUCCGAUGAAGCUAGAGAUUUUAUUUCUAAAUGUCUUCAAAUUGACGUAUCAAAACGAAUCACUGCCGAAGAAUGUCUAAACCAUCCUUUUCUAAACACCAAAAGGUUUAACACAAAUAUAUUUGACAAUUCGAAUUCUUCAUUAAACAGCAAAGGAGUUGCUUUUCUAAACGAUCCUUGCACUAAAGGCUUCAGUGAGAUUGAUGAAACAUGUCAAGAAAAAGCAGAUUUACCAUUUGAGCUAACCAAACCUAAGAAAAGAGAGACAGACCUUUUACCCACAGUCAAGUCUAAUCUAAAUCUACGACGAACGACUACUACACCAACUGGAUCCCUUGAUAUUCCGGCCCCUGACUCGAAUUCUAUUAGCAGUAUUUCGUCAAAACCUCUACCAAUAAAGCUAAAUGCAGCCCAAACCAUGGAUGGUGCUUUCAGCCAAAGCCCAGAAGUUAUCAAUAACUUAUUUCAAUCUUUAAAGAACCAAAAUUGA